CAGCUGUGAGGGGCCAGCAGGAGACUCAGAGCCAGGAUCACACAGCAGAGAGUGGAGCAGGUCUCCUCCGUACGGGUUUCUGACUACUGGGCCUUUCCAAGAUACCCACCACUAGGACUAAGGCGACGCCAUUCCGGACUGCUGGGAACUCUCUAUGAGAGGACCCUGGGAGUUUUAAACAGCUCAGACCACAAAAGCCACAUACCUCGUCAAGGACACAGGGCGGCCUCUUUCCCCUCUGUGAAGGAGAGGUCUGCUCUCUAUCUGUCUCGGGCAGCUGCUGCCGCUGAUCACGCCGGUGGUCUGACAGAACCACAUUUCAUACAAGAGAUUUCUUUCAAUUCUCUUGGUAACCAGAAAGCUAAUAAGAUGGCAGAAACUCAGAAUGAGAAGUCUUCUAAGGCACACAUCAAGAAGUCAGAUGAGGAUCUGCCCCCACCUCCACCUCCUCCCCCCCAGGAUUCUGCCCCAGCCCCAGCUUUCUUUACUGGGAAUCAGGAUUCUAACCCACUGCCUCUACCUCCUCCUAAGGAAUCUUUCUCCAAGUUCUAUCAGCAGCGUCAGGUGAAUGAGCUGAAGAGGCUCUACCGUCACAUGCAUCCAGAGCUAAGAAAAAAUCUGGAAGAGGCUGUGUCAGAGGAUCUAGCAGACAUGCUGAAUGCAGACGAUCCUGGUGCUCAGGCAUCAGCAAAUCUAGAUGCAGUGCUUCCAGGAGAGGUUCAAUCCAUGCGCUGGAUCUUUGAGAAUUGGACCCUGGACUCCAUUGGUGAACAUCAAGCCACCAAGAAGCUGACCGAAGAGGAAGCCAUCCCAAAUGGAGAUGUGAAAAAUAGGUCCAUGAGGUUUGAAAGUCAGCCAUUCAACAAAGACAGGCUGCUAGUUUCGGACAAGGCAUCUGAGAAAGCCAAAGGGGACGUGCACACGGCUCGGUGGUUAUUUGAAACUCAGCCACUAGACUCUUUGAACAAACUGUAUUUGGAUGAGACUGACUUGCAAGAGGCAGUCCUUAAAGAGCCUGUGCAGAGCGGGGAUGUAAAAGGGGCCGCCCAACUGUUUGAAACUCAUUCCUUAGAUGCCUUGGGCCGCUGCAGUUCGGUCGAGGAGCAGAAUAUCUUGCAGCUGAAGUCAGAAAUUCAAGAACUCAAAGGCAGCGUCAAGAAAACCAUCAAGCUCUUUCAAACUGAGCCCCUCUGUGCUAUCAGGGACAAAACGGGAAACAUCCACGAGAUCAAAUCUGUCUGCAGAGAGGAAAUACAGAGCAAUGCCGUGAAGACAGCUCGCUGGCUCUUUGAAACCCAGCCCCUGGAUAUGAUCAACAAGGACACCUCCAAAGUGCAAGUCCUUCGAGGGAUAUCACUGGAGGAGGCAGCAAAGGGAAACGUCAGUGGAGCAAAAUGGAUCUUUGAAACUCAGCCCCUUGAUGCCAUAAGAGAAUUCACUGUGGAAGAAACAGACUUCAAGGCUUCUCCAGACCUUAUCCAAGGGGCUGAUGUUAGUAAGCAGUGCCACAUUUUUGAGACUCAACCUCUUGACACUCUUAAAGGAGAAACUUCUGACAGCAUCCCAGCCAAACAAGAAGUUGUCAAAGGGAACGUAAAGUCAACCCUCUGGUUGUUUGAAACCCAGCCAAUGGAAACACUAAAGGAUAAUUUUGAAGUGGGACAUUUGCAGAAAGUAGAGCUUUCUGAUGAGGAGAAAGGAGCUGUGAGACAAACCAAGCAUGUCUUCGAGACCUGUCCUUUGGGCAGCAUCUCCAAAUCACCACCUGAGGACUCCUCAGUCACUAAUGUACAAGCAAUUGAGAAAGGUGAUGUGAAGGCCUUCAAGAGCCUCUUUGAGACUCUCCCUUUAGAUAGCAUUAGGCAAGCAAGCACUGAAGAGAUGGUUAGGGAAGGAGAGAAAAUACUCCCUGGGAACGUCAAAGCCAACCAGUUCCUGUUUGAGACAACACCUUUGUAUGCCAUCAAGGACUGCUUCGGCAAUUUCCACAAGGUCACCUCAGUGAGCAGAGAAGAGGAAGUUGUGGGCGGAGAUGUCAAGAACUACAAAUGGAUGUUUGAAACCAAGCCUUUGGAUCAAUUUGACGACAGUGUCCAAAAAGUGGAUAUUAUCCGGGGGAUCACUAAGCAGGAAGUGAUGGCUGGGGAUGUCAAGACAGCCAAGUGGCUCUUUGAGACACAACCCAUUGAUGUCAUCCAUAAUCAAAUUAACCAAGCUGAACAGAAAGUCACUGAGAAAGGAGACUCUUCCCAAGGGGGUGAUGUGAAGACCUGCAGGUGGUUGUUUGAGACACAACCAAUGGAUACUCUGUAUGAGAAGGAGGAAAAGCAGCAAGAUGAAGAAGAACCUGUGCCACGAGCUGAUGUUAAGUCAUGCACAUGGAUGUUUGAAACACAGCCCUUGGAUUCCCUGAAAGGCCGAGAGGAACAAUGUUUGCAGGUCAGCAAGGCCUAUCGCCAGGAUGAAUCACAAGGGGUAGAUGUGAAAAUGGUCAGGCAUGUAUUUGAGACAGAACCCUUAAUCAAUGACAUCACUAGUGACACCGAUUCAAAGAAAAUAAUCCGGUACUCCAGCCGGGUGGAGAUGCAGUCUGGAAAAGUCUCCAGGGUGAAGGAGUUUUUUGAAGCUAAGCCCUUGGACUCGGCUGAUAAAUCAAGCACAGCCAUGAAGGGAAUUGAUAUCCCAGUAGAUGGAAACAUUGAGCUAGGGGCAGUGCACAAGUUCACCUGGCUCUUUGAAAAUUGCCCCAUGGAUACCUUGAAAAGCAGUGAGGGGGGCAUUCAAGAGGUGCCUCCUCAAAAAGACAUUCAAGGUGGAGAUGUUGGAGGCAAGAUAUUUGUUUUUGAAACCUACUCCCUAGAUCAGAUCCAUGACAAAGAGAAUGAGAAGCAAAUCAAGACAAUUCAGGAAGAGACCAUGAACAAAGCCAGUGUUAAGUCCUGCAUGAUGCUGUUUGAAACCCAGCCUCUAUAUGCCAUCCAGGACAGAGAUGGAGGGUACCAUGAAGUCACAUCUGUGAAGAAGGAAGAAAUCAUGAAAGGUGAUGUGAAAGGUGCCCGAUGGCAGUUUGAGACCAAACCUUUGGAUCAGAUAAAGAAAGAUGAAGAGGUAUUUGUGAUCAGGGCAGUUACCCAAGAGGAUUUCAAGAAGGGCAAUGUCCAAACAGCCAGGUGGAGGUUUGAAACAGAGCCUCUAGAUUCCAUCACUGAUGAAAAGAGGCCAGUCUUAAGGACUGUUGAUGAUGUCCCAAAGGUAGAUGUCCAGUCUAAUAAGCAACUCUUUGAGUCAGAGCAAAUGGGUCAAAAGAAGUAUGUGAGGAUGGUCAGUGUCAGUGAUGUCCAGCAAGGAGAUGUCAGGACAUCUACCUGGCUUUUUGAAAACCAGCCUAUUGACUCCCUGAGAGGAGAAUCUGAAAUCACCUCCAGCCUGACCACUGUACAGAGAGAGGAUAUCGCUAAAGGGGAUGUGAAGCGCUGCACAUGGCUGUUUGAGACUCAGCCAAUGGACAGUCUCAAAGACACAGAGGCUUCUGCAAAUGCUGAGCCCCAAGAGGUGGUACCUCAGGCCAAUGUAAAGAGCACCACGUGGUUGUUUGAAAGCACCCCUCUGGAUAAACUCAGCACUUCUCAACACUGUACAGAAAUGGAAGUAAGAGAGAGAACCAUAAAAGACACUUUGGAAGUUCUCCUCUCCCAUCAAGUGAUCCAACAUGAUGGCAUCCUUAUAGAAGCCAAUGAUACCGAGAGUGUCAAGAUGGCAAAAUAUCAACUUGAUCACCAAGGAGCUCCUGAAAUCCAAAAGGAAGAGGUCAUGAGGGGUAAUUUGCAAAGAAUCUUGAUGCAGCUGCUGCAGAGGACCAAUGUGGAGACCCAGGGAGUUUUGGUGCAGGAAGAAGAGAGUGGGAAUAUCAAAAUCAGUGCAGUGCAACUGUUGAACUCUGAUAAAGUUGAGAAGAGCAAAGAGGAGUUGAGCGACAAUGUGGCGAAGGCUCUCCGAGAACCUCUUAGCCAAGAUGCCUCAGCCAAGAAAGGAAUCAUUAUGCAGGAGACAAGGACUGGGUCAGCAAAGAUUACCAUCUACUCUCUCUUUCACCAUGUUGCUCAACAUCAGGAAUUUGUCAAGGGUGAUGUCAAGUCGACGAUUGGGAAUCUGCUAGCUUCUUCACAAGAGCAGAGGGCAACAGCAACCAUCAAACGAGAGGAGAACGAGAGAGGCAAUGUCCAGCUGUACACCAGCUGCAUCGAAAAGGGAGACCUUGACUACUUAAAGAACCUCCAACGGGAGUCAGAGAUAGAAUCCCUGGUUUCCUCCCAAGCAAAAGAACAGCCACUGAAAACUGUGCAAGAGGUCAAGUUACCUGCCCAGCUACAGGAGGAAAAAAUAGUGAUGACAACAGCAGCAGAUAUUGUAUUAGGGCAUAGCGAUGGGGCUAAGCAAGCGUUUGUGGGGGAGAGCAAAGAAGGUACGUUAGAAAGGGAGGCAGUGUGUGCAAGUGAUCUAGGUCCCCCUCCACACUGUCUUGUGCAAUCCCCAUCCUCCGUGAUAGCCAAAGAAAAGGUUGUUUCUGGGAAUGUUAAUUUGCCCACCCAGGCAGCACAAAAGGCACAGAAUGGUAGCCACAGGGUAGUCAGAGAAGAAAAAAUGAUCAUGGGCAAUAGAAAACAGGGUACAAUCACCACCAACAGAGUGGCCAAUCAGAAGGAUGCUACAGCCGCCCACUGUUCCACAGUAGGGGAAAUCAACCAGAUGACUGCACAGCCCAAAACACAAGCUCUGGGGAGUGAUCUUCAAGCAGCAAUGCAGAAUCUACGGCUAGCCACAGCAGAGGCCAAAAGCCUCCAACACCAAGUCCAGAGCAAGCUGCAAAAGACAACCGAAAAGAUUCAGCUCGGCCCUGCACAGCCCCAGGCGGCAGUCAUGCAAACUACAGUACACAAAGAGGACUGUGUAGCUGCCGAGCAACAGCAAGCUAGUAACGUCACCUUCAUCAGAGUGCAGAACACCUCCAAGCCCCAUGCAAAUGUGUCUCGGAAGAUCAUGACGUCACACGCAAAGGUCAGUGCCUCUGAGGAAGUACAGGGGGGCACGCUGCCACCUGCAGCCUGCCAGGAUGGCCACGUUGUGCCCAGUGCAGAUCUUAGUGUUAAGGACGGCCUUUAUACUGCCAAGCCAGUGAAGUCCUAUGUGAACCCAUUUAUUGAGUCUGAUUACAAAGAGCACUCCGUUCCAGAAGAACGAGAGCAAGAUGUGAUAAUCAGAGGGGAUGUAAAGACAGCUAUCAGAGCCUUGCAGACUGCUGCAACAGAACAGAGGCAAGUAGACAAAGAGGAUGUUGUCCGUGGCAACUUAAAAGCCACGCUCGAGUCCCUGGAAAAGUCUAACGUUAAUGUCUCCAAAGGAGAUUUUAAAGCAGCUAUGAUAUACAGAAACGCAGGGCAGUCCUAUCCCAGUUGUAAAAAGAAAAACGAGGCUCAUUCUGUUAGUAGUCAGGCAGCUGACAUUGCAGCUUCAGGCUCACAAGCCGUUAAUGACUUUCCUCCUCCUCCUCCAGCUUCAGCUUCAGUGAUGACAGAAUGCGACUCAUCCUCAACCAAACCGAGAGAAGCAGAAGCUGUAGGGCAUUAUCCACCCUUACAACCGCAUGUUCCUAAGACUCUCUCUCCCUCCCCUGCCAAGCCAAGUGGUCAGAAGCCUUUAGAGAAGCCACAAGUUCCCCCCAAGCCAGAUGCUGUUGCCCCACCAAGGAAGAAACCUGUUCCACCUCCAAAACCAGGGUUCCUUUUGAAGGAAGUAGUACCCCAUCCUCCCUGCUGCAAGAAAGGACAAUCAGAAAAGGCAGCGGCUCCUCCUUCCCCUCUCACACCUCCUGCCGUGAUUGAGCAGAGCAAAUCAAAGGCUUCCCCCAUCAACCAAACAAAGGCACCCGGUGGGGCUGAGGCAUGGGAGCCAUCUGCAUGCAGACAGCAUUCAACAGACUGCCCUGCGCCCCCAUCACCUGUGGCAACUGUUGUCAAGGACAUCAGUUCUGAGAAAAAGGCAAUGAAAGAUGUUGUCAAGACACCUCUGCAAGUAGCAGAAGAAAACUAUAAGGCAAAGAAGAAAGAGCAAAGCAAAGUGGAAGUGGUUGAACGCAAGUCUUCAUCAGAGGUGAUUAAAAAUGGCUCAGUUGGCUGCGAAGGCAGGGACUGCCAUCCAACUAAGGAAAUUCAAGGAUCCGUGGAGUCAUGCCAACAAGAAAAUGGAUGUGUGCUGCCAGGUAGGCAAGACACUGUCUUGUCUCUUGGAUGUCAAACGGGUCUCCCUAACCUGGAAGGUCAGAGGAAGCCGUAUCUCUCUGCAAAAUGUCAAGCCAAUAUCCUGAGAAAAGGAACCAUCACGACACAUGCCUCAUCAUCGAAGAUGGAAAAUACAAGCACUCUUGGAGCCUCAAAGAACAACCAGAGAACAACUCCAAGAGCACAAGAAGAGGCAUCAGAAGCUGCUGUUUCAGCAUCUUCAUCGGCACAGUCAAAGCAGUUCUUUAAAGGGCAUCAGUUUGUGAACAGCAAAGGGUUAGGUGAACCAGAAAUGAAGAAUGAACAAGACACAGAGAAGGAAAAGCAGGCAGUGGUCAUGCGGGGAAAAGCCUGCAGAGAAACAGAAGAUGAACGUUGGAAGAGAUUGUCUGUUCACAAGGAGGAGAUCAUGAAAGGGAAUGUCAAGGAAGCCAUGGAGAUAUUUGAGAACUUGCGAAGGCAGGAGGAGCUGCAGGAAAUCCUAACCAGAGUGAAGGAGUUUGAGGGGGAAACCUCUAAGGUGGAUGUGAAAGCCUUGAGGAGCCUCUUUGAGAAUGUCCCUGAGUGGGUGGUGUAUCACAAGACUCACCAAACUAAACAGCCCAAGGUAGAGAAGGCUGAACAGACAAAGGAAGUGAGGGAAGACGUGGACAGUGUUUCCUCUGUGGAGUUAGCUUUUGAAGAUCUAGAGAGAGCAAGUGCUGAGAUCAUUCACUUAAAGGAGCAGACACUUAGCAGGCUGCUGGACAUUGAAGAAGCCAUCAGGAAAGCUCUGUAUUCCAUUUCUAGCCUGAAAUCUGAAUCGGAUAUAGCUGGACUCUCAGGACUUCUCAAGGAGUCUCUUGGGAGUUCUCAGAGCCUUGCUGCUGGCAACAACAUUCGCAAGAUCAGCAUUGUCUCCAGCAAAGCCAAACAAGAGAAAGGAAUGCAGAACUCUUCCUGGGAAGAUGAAAAGGGGGCUGAAAAGCAUGAGAUGCCCAAGGUGGAGCUAGAGGUCCCCUGCAUCAUUCAGCCUCGAGCGAGUUCUCCUUUCUCCCCUUUAUACAUCUCCAUUCAGUCUGCUGCACGGAAAACUGCAGAAUCACCCAAAAUGGUGCAUUCCUCUGCCUCCAAUUACAUGGAAAGGGCAACAACAGAAAGGGACACAUUUACUAAGGAUAUUUUUAGCUCAUUGCCGCGUAAAUCAGUGAGAUCCGACGGCUGCAACUUGGCUUUCAGUGACAGCGAACAGGAGCGAAUCAAGAUGACAAAAGGAGGAAGUUUAAUUAAGCAACAAUGUCUCAGCAGUCCUGAACAUCUCCAGCAUCAGCUUAGCAGCAAUGGUGAUAAGGAACGGGACAUGUCCCAAAGCUUGAUCCAAGCAGGAGUAUCUGACUAUGCAUCCAAAGGUUCGGUGUGUACUUUAAGCCCAUCAAAUCCAAGAAGGCAGAAAAGCAUACUAGAACUCCAGACAAGUCAUGAUGGAUCCAAGCUCUAUGGGGCUACCAGAACUGUGACUGAACAGUAUGAGGAGGUGGAUCAGUUUGGCAACAAAAUAAUCACUUCCUCCACCACCGUCACCAAACAGUCAGAGACUCAGACAUCCUCCACAUGUGAUAUGGUUUCCUGCCCUACCAGAUAUGAAGUGACCGCCUCUCCAAUCCUUCGUAAAUACCUGAACAGCCCAGUGGAAGACUUCCACUCAAACGGAGGCCACCAGGAAACAGGAGUGGUCUUUGUCACUUUCAGCAACUCCAAGCCGGGAAAAAAAUAAACCAGUUUUUCCUACUAGAAGAUAUCAACAAUGGUGGGAUCUACAAGCCAGCUAACCCCAUAGUACUCACAGUUAAACCAUCUUAAUCCAACUGAUUUUAAUAGGACCCACCAACUUAAAUGCAGCAUAUUCAAUAUUAAGCAAUUUGUGGAAUGGGCCUGUAUAUUACAAAAACUGCAUGAUAAUAAGGAAAAACUCUUCAGCUUUGCAAAACCUUUGCAAUGCGGUCCUAGUGUUUGUGGAAGAGUAUGACCAAUGAAUUGAGAACCAGUUCCUCAUGAAAUGUCCACCAGCUUCAUGCCAUCACAGUAUAGAGCUGGAUUUCAGGUUGCACAAAUGAAAAAGUGAAAACAAAUAAAUGGGGUGGCUCCUGUCAAGAGCACACUCUGUGCUUUUAAGACUUCGUAUAAGAAUCACCCUGCUGUACCAGGCAAAGGGUCUAAAAUUCUUUUCCCAACAAUAGACAUUCAGAUGUUCAAAGCAGAAGCCAAAGAGAUUGGCACUGAACAGACAAUUAAAGAAUCAGUGGGCCAAUAUUUUGGGAAAUAUGCUCAUUCUGCUGUGCCUUUUCCCACUCUUCUUCCUAAUGGCAGAAACUUCCCAGCCUGUUACUCCUUCCUCUUCCCUCUUACCCUAUCAUUUGCCCACAGAAACACACAAAUGACUUCUCUCAUAUAGAUGCAUCAAUAUCUGGAGGUGAAAUAGUUUUUGUCAUAGCUAUUAACACCCUCAGCUUUAUUAUGUAUUCACCAAGAUGUUUAGUGCUAUCCAUAUUUAGCAAGGGAUACAUAUCAGGGGGAACCUGUAUUUUAAGAGCUCCCAUCAUUGUCCUUCCCCCUUAAUGAGAAAAUAAAAGAAAAAAAUCCAGUAAAUACAUGGGUGGUUUUUAGCAUAUUGAUAGUUAUUGCUUUUUUUAUUUUGGAACUGUAAUUUAUUAUUCAUUGUUAACAUGUCUUUAAUUAUGUAUUCCUCGCUUUCUUUAUGAAACCAUGUAAAAGCAAUUUUAUUACAAAGUUUUGUACAUUCUCAAGUGAAGAUUUUAGUUAUUUUGUGGUUGUUUUUUAAUUUGCAUUCUGGAGGUAAAG